AUGGAGAAGAACGGCAACAGGGACGUCAAGUCCGAGGCCCAGGAGGAGAAGGAGAAGCGCGAAAAGCCCGACAGCAAUGGCGCUCAUGCUCAGCCCUCCAAGAGUCCCAAGAAGCGCAGAAAGGUCAAUCAUGCUUGUGUAUACUGCCGGCGAUCUGUAAGUCAGACGGCCCUCCCUCCGACCGAGACGUGUAUCCGUUCGAUUCUCCGUGGCUUUGCCCACGGUGCCGAGACUAUUGCCUGUUCGCGAUGCUGCUGUGAACGACCGUGUACGAGAUGCAUCAAGCGCAAUAUUGGCCACCUCUGCCACGACGAGCCCCGCGACCCCGACUCCAAGAAGGCGAAGAGCACCCACGCCACCUCCGUCGUCGACGACUCCGAGACCACACAGUCCGAGCUUGCCGCCCGGGGCUCUAUCGACCAAUCCGCUGCAGGAUCAAUGGGCCCGCCGCCUCCUUUCGAGAGAAAGACGUCUGCAUUUGGCGCCGCUGUCCUCGGCCAGGGCAACCCACUACACCUUGUGUCCCCGGGGGCGGUGUCUGGCAUGCCGGGCAACGGCAGCAACAUGAACCAAUUCGCUGGAUUCUCCGACGCUUGGUUGACGGCCCAGAACCACUACCACGACAUGCAAAACUACCACCCCAACUACAUGAUCGCCCCCGAAGUCACCCACGAGUUCAACCUGCUCAACGAUUUCCUGCAAACGAGCCUGCUCGAUGACGGCGGCAUCCUCUCCGACGACUCCCAGAACAGCCCCGCCUUCAGCAGGACAGCGGGCGCCAACGACAUGCUGCCCACGUUCGGCAGCAAUCAUAACAACAACGCCAGCACCAGGGCCACCGCCAACGCCCUUCAGCAAAUGUUGCCCCCGUCCAACCUUGAGCAGGGCAAGGCGAUCUCCCGGCCCGGGAGUGUCGUCCAGGGCGACAAGGACAAGGCGCGCGAAUACUACCUUCAAGCGGCGGACCCCUCGGGUAACGACACCCCCGAAGAGCGCAUGGACCGUGUGUUGAAGGCCAAAUACGAAGCUGGAUUGCUGAAGCCGUUCAACUAUGUAAAGGGCUAUGCGCGCCUGGGCACGUAUCUGGACAGUCACAUCGCGGCUUCAUCGAAACAGAAGAUUCUGCGCACGAUUGACCGCUUCCGGCCAAAGUUUCGCGAAAAGGCGCAGGCUCUGACGGACAUGGAGCUGUUGUACGUGGAGAUGUGGUUCGAGAAACAGCUCAUGGAGUACGACCGCGUCUUCGCGAGUAUGGCUGUCCCCGCGUGCUGUUGGAGGAGAACGGGAGAGAUUUUCAGAGGCAACAACGAGAUGGCGGAGCUGUUGCACGUUCCGGUUGAGAACCUACGAGACGGCAAAAUCUCUUUACACGAGAUUCUCACGGAAGAGUCGCUCGUCCGUUAUUGGGAAGAGUUCGGAACGAUCGCCUUCGACCCGGCUCACGAUACAUUACUUACGGCAUGCACACUUAAGAACCCUGACGACAAGGCGACGGAUCCGGUUGUUAACUGCUGUUUUUCGUUCAUGAUUCAACGAGAUAAUCACAAGAUCCCGACACUCAUCAUUGGCAACUUCCUGCCCAACGAUCCGGCCCGUCCUUAA